CCAAUCUGAGCAAGAACUAAGUAAGCCUUUGACAAUCUGUCGAUCCACGCGACAUUUUGCUCAAUUUCCCCAAGUCACUUCUAAUUCAUUCAUAGCAUUGUCCAUUCCCACCUUGUCGUAUUCAUUGCACUAUUUCCAACGCUAAAAGGCCUUUGGGGCCUCUAAUAACUUCAAGAUGUUUAAAAACUCUCUAACCGCUUCUCCGAAGCAAAAAGUAAAAUCCUCGGCCCAGCGCGCCGUCCGUCAGCAGCUGCUGGACAGGUACCCUCUCCUGACGCCCUAUGUCGACGAGAUCCUGCCCAAGAAGUCAUCCCUCGAGCAGAUGAAGCUCCCUCAUCCGGACCGCGUCAUGCUCUACGUCAUCGACGGCCAACCCGUCUGCUUCCAGUACGAUCUGCCCUCGGGCGGCACCGCCAUCCUGCCGCACCUCAAGCUCGUCCACCGCUUCCCCCAGGCCUUCCCGACCGUCCGCAUAGACAGGGGAGCCAUUCGAUUCGUCCUCAGUGGUGCCACUCUCAUGGCGCCUGGUUUGACCAGCAAGGGAGGCAGGUUGCCGCUGGUUGAAGGCGAGCCUGGGGAUAAGGUGGAUGAUGAUGGACACUGGGGCAGGGAGUUGGAGAAGGGCGAGGGUGUGGUCGUUACUGCCGAGGGUAAGGAGGAGGCUUGCGCGGUGGGGUUGCUGGUUGCUGGGACCAAGGAAGUCAAGGAGAAGGGUAAAGGGCCCGUUGUGGAGGAUGCGCAUUACCUUGGUGACGGGCUGUGGACGUUACAAGUUGAUUAAAGGAUGGAAACUGCCUUUUUCGGAGUGAGUGGGCCAUGUCAGUGGUGAGCUACGGCGGACCACAUGUUAAGGGGAGCUGAAUAGCUAUAGCUAUAAGCUCAGGCAACAGCCCCGGACAUUAUUCUGUGUAUGUGGUGGCAGGAUACUGUUUUCACCCUCAGUGCGCCAUGGAUCCGAAGCCUCACUUGCGCCAAGGUUUUGAGGGGCAAGGGAUUACUGUAAGCCAUGUUCUAAUGGGCUUAAACAGCCCAGACAUUAGCGUGCCUAAACGAUAUUUGACGCCAGAAAAGGCGUUGAAAGAAAAUGAGAAACGAUUCAAACGACCC